CCCCAAAUCAAUUGCAUUUCAAUUCAUAAAUUGGAGGUGUUGACAGGGUGUGCGGCUUCACUAGGGAGAGAGAGAGAGAGGGAGAGCUUCAAUCACCAAUCUGCAAAUGGAGGUGGAGGGAUCAUCGAAGCCCAUGAUUGCAACACGAGAAGAAAUGGUGGAAGCCAAGGUGCCGCUCGCCUAUAGAGACCAGUGCGCACACUUGCUCAUUCCACUUAACAAGUGCCGGCAAUCUGAGCUUUACCUGCCAUGGAAGUGCGAGAACGAGCGCCACACUUAUGAGAAGUGCGAGUAUGAGCUUGUAAUGGAGAGGAUGAUCCAGAUGCAGAAACUCAAGCAAUCGAACAAGCAGGGGCAGGGCAACACCAUCCCUCUUAUCCCCAAAACAGCUCAUGCUUAAUCGAUCGAAUCCAAUCGCAUCGGCCA